AUGCCGCCUGCUCAUAGCCUGCCUUGGGACGCCUUCCUUGGGCGUGCUGCAGUUGCAGAAACUGCUUCAAAAGAUGUUGCGUGCGAUGCAGCAGCAGCAGCAGCAGCAGCAGGCAUGGCCUUUGAUCGAGGCUUUAAGGGAGCAGCAAGACGCUUCGGCAGGCAUGCGCAAAGCGGUGUGUCAUAUCGCGGAAAAACGCAAAAAAAAGGCAGUGCGGCAAAAGCGGCAGCUCGUGGCUCUGCAGAUACUGAAGACGCAAGCUUUACUAUGGCAGGAGAACGAGGAGGAGCAGCACAAAAGCAGCCACAAGAAGGGCAGCAGCAACAGCAAGAGCAAGCAUACGAGAGACAGGAGCAGCAAGAGCAGCCGCAGCAGGAGCAGCUGCAGCCAUUGGAGCAGUUUCCUAAGGAACUGACUUCUCGAUGGGGAGGGAGUAUUUUGUCGUGGACGUGGCGUCGCUCCUGCAUGCGGCAGCAUCAGCCUCCAAAGUCGGAGGCAGCAGCAGCAGCAGCAGAAGCAGCAAGAGCUGCUGCUGCAAUUUGCUACAGGCCCCCUGCGCCAACGUCUCUAGCGUUGCAGCUGCUGCUGCUGCUGCUGCCUCACGACAUUGCAAUGCGCUUGGUCGUGGGUAAGAGUGCUACGCAGUGCAGGCAACAUGUCCAGCCGCAGCAAGGGGAGCAGCUUUCUCAGAAGCAGCAGGCUCAGCAGGUCGGCAGCAGAGAGCCGCCUCUUGCCUUCCCCAAGCAGCAAGGAGGGCAAGAGGAGCAACAGCAGCAUCAGGCUGCGAGCAGCGUCAGGCAGGGCGCUUCUGCAGAGAAAGCAGAUCCUGCACUAACAGUUGUUGCCAUGUCUUCUGCAGUUGGUGGCUCUCCUGGAAAUCCUCGAUUGCAUGGAAGAGGCUUUGUGAGAGGCGAGGAGCUGCCUGCUGCAUUUCUGCGUCUGCACUUCAACUUUGCCUCGUUGGAUGCGGGAGCGAGAAUCAUUGCAUCAAGUUCAGGAACGCAGCACAUAAAGGCGGUGCAGCGUCCAGAUGCAGACACCUACAUGUUGGUGCCAUGCUCUGUCGUGCCCAAGUACUUUGUGCUUUCUUUCUCCGAGACUCUAAAGAUUGACUACGUGGCGGUGCAGUCCUUCGAAAUAUACGCGAAUGCUUUCUGGCAUAUCCAGCUCCUAGGCGCCGACAGCUACCCCACACGGCAGUGGCGUCUCUUGGCUAAUUUGCAAACUGCAGCCGACGUCUCCUCCGAGCUUUUCAACGUCAAAGCCGAAUGCGCUGCUCUUGGCAGCUGCUGGACUAAAUUCUUGAAAGUACGACUGCUGACACACCAUGACGAAGGCUCCCAUUAUUACUGCUCUCUAACGUCUUUCCAGGUGUUUGGAGCGACAGGCGUGCAGUUUCUAGAAACGCAGAUCCUCGAUGAACGUGUCAGCAGCAGCGGCAGGGUGAUGGGAGCUGAAGCGGAGUCUGUCGAAGAAGGAACUGCGGCAGAUGUUUCUGCAGCCGACUCAGCGUCUGCAAGUGCUGGUGCUGCUGAGGCUGCCGCUGAUCCUACUAGAGACAUGUAUUCAGCCGGCACGCAAGGCGUUGCUUUCCAGUCAACACAGACUGCAGUGCCGACAUCGCCAGUGACUUCGGAGCAGCAACAUGCCAUGAAGCAAGCGGCUCUCGCGGAGAACCUUACCCUGGAGCAGCGGCAGGCAGUAACUCGGCCUGCUUCCGGAGAAGAAGGCGAUGCUGUCAAGACACCCCACCAGCAGCAAGCUGUGGUGCAGAGCCUUCCCAGCCUUGGGGGGGAGCGACUGUCCGUCGACGGUUCUUUCAGAGAUGCAGGAAAUUCCACUGCGCAAAGCUGGCAAAGCAGCAACUCGAGUGUGAACGGAGUCGAGACACCAGGAGAGCAAUCCAAGUUGCGGCAAAAAGGUCAAGGCUACGGCAUCGUCUCAGAAACGAGCCGUGUGCUCCCCAGUGGAGAUGCAGUCGGAGGAGCAGACUUCGCCGCAGCUCCUGAGUAUAAUGUGCUCGACGCGCCCCCCCAGAAACAGCAGAUCCUCUCUGCUGCCGACAAGCCUGAGCACGCAGAGCCUGCGGCUUUUAGUGCGCUUUCUGCAGCGCUGGAAAUGGUCUUGCAGCAGCGGCAAAAUCUCCUGUUGCAGCAGGGGGAGGAGCAUGCGCCGCAGCAGGAAAUUCGGGCAGGCGAGACGGCGUGGAUUGAGGCUAACGGUCCAGUUGGCGUCUCUUCUGGAGCUCAGGAGCUCAAUCUCGGGAGUCUAGAGGAGUCUGUUGCAUGCACUGCAAGCAGCAGCAGCAACGCGAGAAGCGGCUGGCAUGGCCAUGAUCAGCCGCUCGCGGAUCCCACCACGAGCCGCUACGUUUGCAUGCCGCUAGCGGGAGCAGCAGCAACGGCGGCAGCAGCAGCUGCCGUUGUUGCUGCUCGCCCCUUGUUGGGGAGCAGUUCGUCUCCUGCGAGGCACUGGGUGGCUGCAGAUGCGCGGAAGAGCUCCAGCCUCAAGCCUCUUCACGCCGCCGAGGCUUCCGCAGAGGCUCUCCAGCAGACAGCUGCGCAUGCGCGAGCUUUCCUCCUGGAUAUGCUGCAGCAUCAGCGUCAGCCAGGGGGACGUUCGAUCGGCGCGGCUUUCCUGCGCUUCCUCAUGACGGCUUCUCCGGGGAGUCUGGAGCAGCAGGCAGAGACACUCCAUGUGCUCUCGCUGCUUCUGCAGCCCCCUGCGAUGGAUGCACAGAGUAGGUUGCGUGCGUGCUGGAGAGCAGCAGAAGGCGGAGGAAUCGCUGGAGAGUCGGUCGGAGGCGGGGAGGCAAUGGCUUCAGCCUCAGGCUCUCGCGAUAGCAAGGGAGAACACGUGCUAGUUACGCUUUUGGAGAGGAUGAAGUCUUUGGAGGGAGAAACAGCGACAUUCAAGGCUGCGGCAGCUGAGAGACAACAGCAGGUGCAGCUCCAGCAGCAGCAGUUGCUGCAACUCACACUUCUCCUGCAGCUGCAGCAGCAGCUGGGCUCCUUUCUGUUCGAGCGUCUGUCUGCUUUUGACGAGCUUAUUCCGCAUCUGAGUCCGCUCAUACAGCUGCUAGACGACUCCGAGAAAGCCGCAACAGCGGCUCGAUUGGCGAAGGAUGCUGCCUCCGUUGCUCUGCAUGCAGCAGAGGUGCUGCAACGCUCCUUGUGCAGCGAGGAUGCGGGAGCAUUCCUGCUGCUGCAACGCAGCUGUGCAGCAGUCUCGAGAAUUAGCCACGCGAUUUCCUCUUUCGCGGCAGCAGCAGCGUCUGCAGCAGGCACUGCAACCACCCUCUCGUGGAGGACGCUUUCUAAUGCGACUUCCCUUGCAGCAGGAGCUUGGAUUCGCAUGUCUACCACCAUACGUCAAGCGCACGUACUUUCAUCUUACGAAGGGCCUGGUAGCAGCAGCACCGGCAGCGCGUUCGGACAGAAAUCGACGCUGUUUCAAGAAGAUCGGGGAGGCAUGCAGCCCUUGAUGGACGCCUCCACUGCUGCAUUUCUUCUCUUGAUCGUGUUUUUCCUCCUAGCAUGCGGGGGAGUGCUCUUUUGGCGGUUACGUCACGGACAGAGGGUUGCUGCUGCGGCUGCGGGGGAAUGCGCGCUGCUUCGCCGUUCCUUCGAGAUGCUGCAGCAACAGCACCGGGUUCUUGUGGAGCAGCUGCAGCGGUGUGAGAGAGAGCAGCAGUUGUUGUUGCUGCUGACAGCGCUGCACCCCAGCAGCAAAUCCUCGAGGUCGCAUAUGUGCCGCACCAAAGCGACGGGAGAUGCUCACGCAAACUGCGCUGCAGCCGAGCAGCAACCGUCGGCACAAGCGACUCCGUCGGGAAGAGACGCAAAAUACUCUCCUUCUGAAAGUGUACUGACAGAGCAAGCCGCAGCGGAAAGCACAGGAUUCACACCGUCGCUGCUGCGACGGCUCUCUACCUCCUUGACUCCUAGGGUGUUUCGUGGGCUUUCCCGCAAUAGCGUCGCAACAAGCGAUUUCUCCGUUGUUGGUGCACCGACGUGCUCCAAGGGUAGCAACAGCUCGAGCCUAGGUGAUGCACACGCUGCUGCUUCUCAGUGGCUUCCACGAGACUUGAACAAGACGUCCCCUGAACAAGAUCAGCAAGCCUUGCAGCACCGCGAGAAUUCAAGUGGCUCGCAGCUGCCUCCUCAGCAGGAGCCGCAACUGCACAGUUCUGCAGCAGCGCUGCUGCCAGCGCUCGACACGAAGUCUAUCAGGAGUCUCAAGCUGCAACGCCAUACCUUGAGGCAGCAUCGGCGAGUCGGAGGCGCUUCUACCCCGAUGGCUUCUCACCCUUCUGGCUCUACUGCGGACGCAGAUGUCUUCCUGCUUUCUGACGCGCUUGACAGAUCCGAGGAAUUAGUGCGCAUGCAAGAUGGAUCGGGUGCAGCAAUUGCUGUAGACACUGCAAUUGCUGCCACGCCGUCCAUGGCGCCGUCCUGCAGCAGCAGCAGAAGCAGCAGUGCCUGCAGUACUAGCGGCAGCCGUCUGCAGACUCGUAGGGCUUCCUUUUUCAAGUCUCUUCUGAAAUCGCAGCUGUCGAUACGUGGCAGCUCACAUCCUGUUUAUCUGCUGCUGCAAUCGACGCAUCGGCAAGGGACCUCGCGCGCUGCAGAGACGGAUUUCCCCCCUCUUGAUCCGGAUGAUGCAAUGAUGUGUAGCAACAGCAGCAGUGGCAGCGGGGGCUUGACUCAGCAAUGCCCACUAGCUUCCUCGGCAUCUGCACCCCUCAGGAGGCACCAGAGCCGCAGCGUGUCUCGAUGCAAGUGUUUUUCGCCGUCAAAACGCGCGGCUGGAGAGGCGGGCAUGCCACACGAAGGAGCAACAGAGGUUUUCGACGGAGCGCAGGCUGUUGGCAGCACAGAUCACAACGGCACUGGCCUUACUGUGGAUAGACGAGACAGCAGCAAUGGUAGCGGGUUCGCCGAUGAACGCUCUGCUCAGGGGCUCUCUGACGGGCAGUCUGGUAGGCAGCACGACGGCGCGCGAGUUGAAGACGGCGUUCAUACAGCCGUGGGGACGUCUCACGCAGCGCUGCCUCUCGUGCAGGCCCUUGAUGGACGCGUUACGAAAGUUGCGAAUGCCGCAAGGGGCGCAAUGAGCUCACCAAGAUGCCUAGUAGAGGCAGAAUCGCAACCUGGAGGCACCAGUUUUAGUCGAAUAAGGACACCCUCAACUGCCGUCCAAGAGGGUCGCCAAGAGAGAGGCACCGCUGACCAAGCGAGCAUUCCUUCUGCUGAAAUCUUUCUCCUACAGUCCAAUCGGCAGCAGGACCAUGAUGACGGUGUAACCACGGGGUUACAUGUGCCAUUAAUUGUGUUGCAGAGCAAGCCGGCCGCCUGUCUGACGAGCUGUUGUAUGAUACCACCUGUGACAGCCGUACAACGAAUUUCAGGAGGCUGCAUUAGCACGGCACUGAGAGCGCCAUUAAUUAUUUGUAAGGUAGCGUUCGAAAGCCCCAGGGGCGGACCAGCAAAAACUGCCGAGGCUUCCCACCGUAGUCUGAGAGGCCUGUGA